GCCUCUGCUCCGGCGGUUCUGCCUGUGGGUGUAAUUGGACAGAGGCUUGGAACAGGCAAGGGUUGCCCGGUAAGUGUCCACCUUCUGCACACACACAGAGUGUGGGGCCUAGCCGGAUACCCCCGAACCCCUGCCAGUCCCUCUGCCGGGAAGGUCUUGCCCCAACACUCCCAUUGGCUGGAGCACCCAGAAGGAACCCCUAAGGAGCAUUCUGUGUGCCAAAGCCCUUGCCCAGCACUUAUAGCGAGGGUCUUACACAACCUUCCUCCCCAUUUGACAGACUCAAACAUGGAGGCCCAAGAGAGUCAGAUUGGGGGUGUUCAAACAUCCUCGACAGGAGCCAGAGGAGUCUGGAGAACGCUGCCAUGCCGAUAGUCUGGGGCAGCCUGAGAGAGCCUGAAUCUAGGGGAUGUGGAGCAAAACCAGGGCGACUGCAUUUUCCAGAUGCACCCCAGAUACUCGGCGGCGAGGACCAGGUGCGGAUGACCUCGGAGGGCUCCGACUGCCGCUGCAAGUGCAUCCUGCGGCCGCUGGCCAAGGACGCGUGCAGCCGGGUGCGCAGCGGGCGGGCGCGGGUGGAGGACUUCUACACCGUGGAGACCGUGAGCUCGGGCACCGACUGCCGCUGCUCCUGCACCGCCCCGCCCUCCUCGCUCAACCCCUGCGAGAACGAGUGGAAGAUGGAGAAACUCAAGAAGCAGGCACCCGAGCUGCUCAAGCUGCAGUCCAUGGUGGAUCUCCUGGAGGGCACAUUGUACAGCUUGGACCUGAUGAAAGUGCAUGCCUACAUCCGCAAGGUGGCCUCCCAGAUGGACACCUUGGAAGAGAGUGUCAAGGCCAACCUGAGCCGGGAGAACGAGGUGGUGCGGGAGAGCAUGCGGCACGUCAGCGAGCAGCUGCGGCGCUACGAGAACCACUCGGCCAUCAUGACGAGCCUCAAGAAGGAGCUCUCCAGCCUGAGCCUCCAGCUGCUGCAGAAGGACGGGGCCCCGGUCCCUGCCGUUGCCCCUGCUGCCGCCACCACCGGCCCAGGCAGCAAAGCGCAGGACACAGCUGGAGGGAGACGCAAAGACACCGACAAAUACAGCAACGUGCAGAAGAGCUUUGUGGACAGGGGCCCCUCAAAACCCCCUAAGGAGAAACUGCUGAAGGCAGAGAAGCUCAGGAGGGAGGGCAGCAAGGGAAGAUCCACCCAGCCCACAGCCAAGCCGCGGGCCCUGGCUCAGCAGCAGGCCGUGAUCCGAGGUAUCACCUACUACAAGGCAGGCAAGAAGGAAGCGACCGAGGCCGUGGCUGACAAUGCCCUCAAGGGCACUUCCUGGCUGGAGCAGCCGCCCCCCAGGGCGGACGGCAGGCCACCAGAGCCCAACUCUGCUGAGCAUGAUGAGGCUGGGCCUGUGGCCUCGGAGGGAGUGGACUUGGCCCGGGGCAGCCCCACCUCGGACCCCACUCCCACCCUCACCCCCACUCCCACCACCCGUCCCUUGCCCACCGAGCCACCUUCCCAUGCAGACGUCCCCAGCCAAGGCAGAGAGGCCAGCUGUGAGGGCACCCUGAGGGCCGUGGACCCCCCGGUGAGGCACCACAGCUACGGGCGCCACGAGGGAGCCUGGAUGAAGGACCCUACCGCACGGGACGACAGGAUCUACGUCACCAACUACUAUUAUGGAAACAGCCUGGUGGAGUUCCGAAACCUGGAGAACUUCAAGCAAGGUCGCUGGAGUAACAUGUACAAGCUGCCCUACAACUGGAUCGGCACGGGCCACGUGGUGUACCAGGGCGCCUUCUACUACAACCGCGCCUUCACCAAGAACAUCAUCAAGUACGACCUGCGGCAGCGCUUCGUGGCCUCCUGGGCGCUGCUGCCCGACGUGGUGUACGAGGACACCACGCCCUGGAAGUGGCGCGGCCACUCGGACAUCGACUUCGCCGUGGACGAGAGCGGCCUGUGGGUCAUCUACCCCGCCGCCGACGACCGCGACGCCGCGCAGGCCGAGGUGAUCGUGCUGAGCCGCCUGGACCCCGGCGACCUGUCGGUGCAGCGGGAGACCACGUGGAGGACGCGGCUGCGCCGCAGCUCCUACGGCAACUGCUUCCUGGUGUGCGGCAUCCUGUACGCCGUGGACACCUACAGCCAGCGCGAGGGCCAGGUGACCUACGCCUUCGACACGCACACGGGCACCGACGCGCGCCCGCAGCUGCCCUUCGUCAACGCGCACGCCUACACCACGCAGGUGGACUACAACCCCCGCGAGCGCGUGCUGUACGCCUGGGACAACGGCCACCAGCUCACCUACGCGCUCCACUUCGUGGUCUGAGCCGGGCCCCGGCCCCCAGGAGAGGCGUGCGGGGCAGGGGCUCGCCACGGCGGGAAGCGGUGAGACCCAGGCGUGGGUCUCCUGCUAGGCGCGUGGCUUGGCCGGGCAGACUACCCAGCAGCCAGUGGAAUAUUCAUCCCUUCCACCUGCAGAGAACUGUGCCCAGCACCUGCACUAACCCGCUUCCCCCUCCCGAGGCCAUCCUGCGAGGGGAGAGCGCUAAAUUUCAUGGAGGAGGACACCGAGGCACGGAGACAACUGUCUCUUGCCGAAGUGGCCCCCGUUUGGAUCAUGCAGGCCAUGUUCUCAUCACAGCCCCGCUUGACAGAUGGGGAGAGUCGACCUUGCGCUCCCCUCCCUCCAGGCCUUCCCUCUCCCCUUGUGGCUCAUCCAUUAGGGUUGAGGCCUGUGCGCCACCCCAGGCCCUGGUGCUGCGUGAGCUGUUGGUGGCCCUGGACUUUGGGCCCCUGGGCUAAUGGCUCUGCUCUUUGCCUUUGGCCAGUCUCCCACCCACACCCCACCCGCUGUCCAACCGCAUUCCAAACAUCCACGGUCACCCAGCCACUGAGCAGAAACCACACCCUAAGAAAAUACACCAGCCCCUGUUCCAAGGUUUCCCUCCCUCUGUACUCAUUUUAUUUUCUUACUCUUCACCAGUGCCGUCAUUUGUUUCUGCAGCAGCAGCUGAGAAGGCUGCAGGCAGCUGCCUGCUGGGGUAGGGAGCUAGGCCAGGCCCCAAGGCACCCUCUCCACCCAGAAGUGCUGGCUUUGGCCACCUGUCCAGGCUCAGGUCCAUCCCUCCCAGAGCCCUUGGGUUUGGGGCCCAUCUUGUCCUUUCUUUCUGGGCCUUUGACCCCCCGACCUACAACCUUCAUGUACUCAGGGAUACCUCUAGCACUGCCAUGAGCAAGACCCAAGCCCAAAGCCAGGCUGGUACCAGGACAAAACAUGCUUCCUUUGUCAGCGCUGACCGGGUCAUUUAAUGGGUGGCCCAGCAGCCUGGGGGCUGGGACAGCAGAGAAAUAUGAGCAGCUGGGUCCAAGGGACGCCUCCAACCUCUGGUUGCAGGGAAAAGCCAAAGGGUGCAAGCUAGGAGGGAAGGAAAGGCUCUGGAGAUGCCAGGGCCAGCGUCGCCCUCACCAGGCUGGGGGCUGAGGGUACACAAGUGGCCAGGCCUGGUGCUGCAGCUGGCUCAGGGGUCUCAGACCCAGGGGCCCAGGAAACAAGCACCUUCGAGCUGCCCUGAUCUGCUUUGGACAAUACUUUUAGAAAAGAAGUAUUUUAAGGAAAGAAGUUCUCCAGUCCACUCCCUGUUUCACCAAAGGUUUAGAAGGUGGCUCAGGGUCAGCUGAGAACAGGACACAGCCAAUCUCCUUCUAGAAGGGCCUUGUCUGUAUCUGACUGGAAAGCGCUCGACUCCCCAGCACCCAAACCAUCUCAACACCCUUGAAGGGUAUCUACUUCUGAUCCCCAUACAACUCCGACCUUCAUUCUGCCCCCUGCCAGCUCUGGGGUAUUUAUAUAUUUGAACACGCGAUGCUAGGCUAGGAAGUUCAGCUGCCCACCCAAGAGUAUAAGGAAAUGCACUUUGUGCCGGAUGUAUUUCUUGCAGGCAUUGUCAGGUGAAAUGUUUGGUUUAAGCUGUAACUCACCCGUGAAAUAAAGGGGAAUGAUGACACCCAGCCAAGCAGGGCCUGACUCAUAGCGAUGGCCAUCCAGCCUCUCCCACCCAUGGGCUCCGCUGACACUCCUCAGGGGGCUGCACGGCCCGGCGUUGCCCUGGGCCCUGGGUGUGGGGGUUACAAGGCUGUGCCUGUCAUGAUAUCACAACCCAACCAUGUGACACGUGUUCAGGCCCCACUUUCUUCGUGAAAUUGAAAAAGGAAAAGUAAGAGACUAUUUUGAAAAACUAAAUAACAAACACAAGUGUUAUCGGAGGAAGGAUGCUGGCUCCAGCCCUCAAACAUUCCCCAGGCCCCUUCUGUUUUCAAUACAAGGGUUAUGGAGUGGGAUGGUGUUUUUUUCCCUCAUUUUCCAGAUGGUGGAGGUGGGGCCCAGAGAAGUUAAGUCAUUUUCACGUAGGCAGUUGGGUGGAGAGCCAGGCUGCAAAGCCAGGUAACAUCAACACCCUCACUGGCUGAGCAUCGGCAGAGGGCAGGACGUGCCACCUGAAUGCUCCCCUUGCAUCUCCACAAUGGAAAGCAGAGACUCUAAAUAUGCCCAUUUCACAGAUGAGGAAACUGAGGUAAAGGGACUUACCCAGGUGAUGCGGCACUUUCUUCUCUGGUCAAGUCAGAAUUUCCGGCUUGGUCAGUUUUGUUCUUCGCCAACUGCGCGUCGCCCUAGUGGCAGUCCCAGAAACUGUAACCGUCGCUUUUACCCAGGGUGUCCAGGCCACGUGGGACACUUGAGGAGGUUGGAAUUAGCUGGUUAAAGAGCCUUGAAUGCCAAGCCAAGGAGUGACUGCCUCCAAUCACAUUUGGAAUGAAGGUGAAUAUACCUUAACAGAGAAAGGAAAAUUCUCAAUCAAGUUUUGUUCUGCCAGGGAUAGGAGGCUGUUGGGGCUUUGUUGUGGGGAAGUGGAGCCUGCAACAGGUUUCCCAAGGAAACCUGACCCCCAUCGACUUCUUUUGACCCACCUUGGACCUUACUGCAUUUCGCAACAGGUACUUCAAACAAGGACAGGCCUGGACUGGGGAGGGCUGGCGCCUCUAGCCAACCACAGCGUGGAAGCCAGAGGACGUUGUCUCUGGUGUUUCUGAAUGUGGCACAUCAGGAGACUUUGGCUGUAGCCUUUGCCUCCUCUCUAGAGAUUCCAUGCCUUAAUGUCUAAUCUGUUCUGUCUGGGGAGGAAAUAACAGGGACCCUGCCUAGGGGGCUACACCUAAGGUGAGUCCAUAAGGUUUUACUAGGCAUGAUUUGAGGGCCCUGAGGGUGCAGGUGUUCCAAAGCACCCUCCCCGGGGACAGUCCCGGAACCACUUAGUGACAAAAGGACGCAACACUGGAUGGGGGUUAGGGAGUCCUGGGUUGGCUCCACCUCUUACUUGCAAGCUUGGGCAAGUCCUUUCGCCCAGGCAGCACCCUCCUAGAGCUAGAAGGCACCUUUACAUACAUUAUCGCUAAUUCAUCCAGGGACCACCAAGGACUGCAUUACUUUUCCCCCUUACAGGUAAUGAACCUCAGGUUCAGAGGUAAAGCAACCUGCUCAGGGUUAUAGAUCUAACAAGUAGUAGAGUCAUAAUUUGAACCAGGUCAGUUUAUACAAAGCUCCAAACUAACCGUUGUAACAAAUUGUAUUGACUUUUGUUGCUUUGGCUACUAGGGAGCUCAAAGUCACUUUUGAGAGGAUUUUUAACAAUUGUACUGAGUCUCCUACUAGACUCUAGGUUUCUGCUUUUACCCUGAUUUCUUUAUUAUUCUUCUGUGGUAUUUUAUCUGUUUUUGUAAGUUGCCACAAUAUCUUUUUUGCAACAAGGUGUUAUAUAUCUAAAUAAAUACAUAAUGA